AAAUACUCAGCCGUGUACGACUGUUCUGUCUGACUUAAUGUAGACUAGAAACAAUCCCACCACCACCACUACCAUUUUUCCUGCUUUUCCAGUCAAAGUCUUCCCUUCCCUUCUCGUCGCCUUCACCAUAUUACCCACAAUUUCAGCUCCAAACCAAAAAUCCCACAUCGCAAAAAAUGGCUUUCCAUCUCUCUCUCCUCCUCGCCCUCCUUCCCAUGGCGGCUGUCUCAAUCUCCCCAGGCUCCUCUCUCUACGCCUCAAACCUAAACCAAACAUGGUCUUCCCCCAACAAAACCUACUCCCUCGGCUUCCUCCCCUCCGACCCCUCCACCUCCCCUCCCUCCUUCAUCGCCGCCAUCUUCUACUCCGGCCGAGUCCCCAUCUGGUCCGCCUCUUCCGCCGCCGUGGACUCCCGUGGGGCCCUCAACUUCGACUCCUCCGGCAACCUUCUCCUCGUCAACGGCUCCGGCGCCAAACUCUGGGAAUCCGGCACCUCCGGCCGCCACGUCUCCUCCCUCGACCUCGACGACACCGGGAACCUCGCUCUCCGAAAUGGGUCGUCGACGGUUUGGUCGUCGUUUGAUCACCCGACGGACUCCAUCGUCCCGUCGCAGAACUUCACCGUCGGUAAGGUUUUGCGAUCUGGGCUGUACUCCUUUAGCCUUCUUAAAAAUGGCAAUCUUUCGCUUAAAUGGAAUGAUAGCAUAGUGUAUUGGAACCAGGGUUUGAACUCUUCUUAUGAGAAAAACUUGAGCUCUCCUAGUUUGGUUUUGCAGCCCAUUGGGAUUUUGUCGAUUUCCGAUACGAGUUUGUCUAGUUCUUUGAUUGUUGCUUAUAGUAGUGAUUAUGCUGAAGGGAGUGAUAUCUUGAGGUUUUUGAAAUUAGAUAACGAUGGGAAUUUGAAGAUUUUCAGUUCCGCUAGAGGUAGUGGGACUAAAAUGGGGAGAUGGGCUGCUGUGGCUGACCAGUGCGAGGUUUAUGGCUACUGUGGGAACAUGGGAAUUUGUAGUUACAAUGAGUCCGACCCAGUUUGCGGGUGCCCGUCGCAGAAUUUCGAACCGGUUGAUCCAAAGGAUAGCAGGAAAGGGUGUAGGAGGAAGGUGGAGAUUGCGGAUUGUCCGGGGAGCCCAACUAUGUUGGAUAUGGAGCAUACCCAGUUGUUGACAUACCCUCCUGAGUAUGAAGCUCAAGUUUUCUUUGUGGGGAUAUCGGCUUGUAGGCUGAAUUGUCUCGUAAGCGGCUCUUGUGAUGCUUCAACUUCGUUGUCUGAUGGCACCGGGCUUUGUUUCUAUAAGACGCCCAGUUUUCUUAGCGGAUAUCAGAGUCCUGCGAUGAUGAGCAGUUCUUAUAUCAAGGUUUGUGGACCUGUGGUUCAGAACCCUCUGCCUUCAGUGGGUGAAGGCAAGAGUAGCGUCUGGAAGGUGCGUCCUUGGAUAGUAGCUGUCGUGGUUUUGGCCACCCUUGGCGGUUUGGUUAUGUUGGAGGGUGGUCUGUGGUUUUGGUUUUGUAGGAACAGGCCUAAUUUUGGUGGAUUGUCUGCUCAUUACGCCCUCCUGGAAUAUGCUUCCGGCGCGCCAGUUCAGUUCUCGUAUAAGGAGCUCCAGAGGGCAACCAAAGGUUUCAAGGAGAAGCUUGGUGCCGGAGGAUUCGGGGCUGUUUAUAGAGGUAUUCUCGCCAAUAAAAUGGUUGCUGCUGUUAAGCAACUGGAGGGCAUUGAACAAGGUGAGAAACAGUUCAGGAUGGAGGUUGCAACUAUUAGUAGCACCCACCAUUUGAAUCUUGUGAGACUGAUUGGCUUUUGCUCCGAAGGUCGUCAUAGGCUAUUAGUCUACGAGUUCAUGAAAAAUGGAUCACUCGAUGCUUUCCUCUUCAAAACGGAUGAGAAUUCAGGGAGAUUGUUGAACUGGGAGUACCGGUUUAACAUUGCUCUUGGCACUGCAAGGGGGAUCACUUACCUGCACGAGGAAUGUCGGGACUGCAUCGUGCAUUGUGAUAUAAAGCCGGAGAACAUACUCUUGGAUGAAAAUUACUGUUCCAAAGUGUCGGAUUUUGGCCUUGCUAAGCUCAUUAACCCAAAGGACCAUAGGUACAGAACCUUAAAGAGUGUAAGAGGAACUAGAGGAUAUCUGGCACCAGAAUGGCUUGCAAAUCUUCCAAUAACUUCAAAAUCUGAUGUUUACUCUUAUGGCAUGGUUUUGUUGGAGAUUGUGAGCGGUCGAAGGAACUUUGAAGUGUCUGCAGAAACAAACCACAAGAAGUUCUCCAUGUGGGCAUAUGAGGAAUUUGAGAAGGGUAAUGUCCAGGGAAUUGUUGACAACAGGAUAGUUGAAGAGGUUGAUAUGGAUCAAGUUAUGAGAGCAGUUCAGGUGAGCUUUUGGUGCAUACAAGAGCAACCAUCUCAUAGGCCAAUGAUGGGAAAGGUGGUGCAGAUGCUGGAAGGGAUUACGGAAAUUGAAAGACCUCCGGCGCCAAAGGCAGCCACCGAAUUGUCUGCCAGUGGAACUAGUAUCCAUGCCAGCACUAACACCAGCACUCUAUCGACCAUUGCAGCGUCAGCACCAGCCCCAUCCUCAUUUUCGUCGUUUCAAACACCAGGACUGUCGCCUUUAGCAUCAGGGAUAAGCUCGGAGAAGGCGUCUUCAUCUCUUUUAUAUUCAGACCUAAAGUGAGUCUCAUUUGGACUUUGCCAAUUCUAGUUCAUUGUAAGAGGCUCAAACUGGCUUCAAAAACCGCUCAUGGACAUGUUAAUUUUUGCGCAGUGUAUAAAAAUGUUUGUAAGCAUAGUGGAUUUUCAUUUCUCAAGUGUAAGAAAUGUAUAGCCAAAAUAAUCACAUAAGUUUAUUUGUGGGAGUAAGAAUUAUCAAUACUUCUGGUAAUGAUGUCUUGUAAUGUAUUGUCUUGAUUAGUAGAAGUUUUCACUACCUUGGAGAA